AUGAUGGUUAAUUUUACACAAGCAGAAGAUAUGGAAAUUCCAAAAGUUUAUGUUAUGUUUGCGACCGAUUUAGUAGUCGGGAGGUAUCAAGAUUCUGAAACUUUCUGGGAUAAAAUCAAACCGGAAUACCACCGUACUUUUGGAACACGUACAAAUAGGACUCGGAAAUCUCUUCAAAACAGAAUGAGCGCCCUCAAAACCGAUUGCAGAAUAUUUGCAGGAAUUGUUGCGGCUUAUCUCAGGAACCCGCCGAGUAGAUGGACUGAUGAACAAAUGUACAUAGAAGCAAGAGUAAAAUUUGUUGAAGGAAGGGGUGGAAAACCUUGGAAACAUGAUAUGGUUUUCGCAGUAUUGAGGCACCGUGUUGAAGGUUGUGACUUGGAGAAUUUAAGGGACCAUCAUGUUGAAGCUAGUCAAUCUACCCCGAUUUCUAUGGUUGUCUCAGAAAGUGAAGAUGGUGAUGGCACAGAUACAGUAACGAUAACCCAAACCCAAACACGUUUUUUUUUUUUUUUUUUUGCAAAAGAUAAACCAAGGGGACUUAGAAGAGAUAAGUCUAAGAUGGAAAAUUCCAUGGCUAAAGUUGCAGAACGAGGCUGGAACAACAUGAUUCAUUUUUUUGAGAAGAAGGAUGCAGUCAAACAUGAAGAAAAGUUAGCUGAAAAUGAGAUGAUGCGCCAGUUAGUUGAAAAUGGGACAAGGGAUAUCUUGGCAAGAGAGAAAAAACCCCACAACAAAGAUAUGGCCAUUAGGCAAAAAGAUAUGGAAAUAUGA